UGUAACUAAUUUGCAUAUAUAAAACGAAUCAGUUUGUGUUAUGAAAGUAUGUUUUUUGGUGUUGAUGUAAGAAUUGAUCAUUCCCAAUAUUCAACACACAAAUUAAGUAAUUAUGAAAAUAUUAUUGGUGUUGCCAAUUCUUUCCAUUGUUGCUGCUCUUCUUCUUCUUCUUCUUCUUCUUCUUCUUCUUCUUCUUCUUCUUCUUCUUCUUCUUCUUCUUCUUCUUCUUCUUCUCUACAAAAAAUGGGGUUUGCAGAAGUUUGGUGCGAUUAUGGUCACUGAUUUUCUUCUCAAGUUUCUGCAUCACCUUUCUGCACAGAAAAACCCUAAUAAUCACUACACAUCUCUAUGCCAACAUCUCUUAAGAUGUAUGGACACAUGCGACGACGCAACUGCCAUGUGUGCCGGAGGAAAGCUUUGUCUGCCGGAAAUGGUUGUGCAAAUUGAUGACAAACUAUACAACCAGGGGCUGCUCGUCGACCCGGUCGGAGCGACGAAUCCAGGAAUUUCUACCUUCGAAGAAGAGUACAAAUACUGGAUGGAAGAACUGUAUCGACAAAUCUCGGAUCUAAAGAACAUUUUGCGAUCCCCCGCCGGAGAUUCUGAGCUGCGAGUUCUUGUCAAUCAAGGCGUACGGCAUUACAUCAAUCUCUUCGAGAUAAAGGCGAAAGUUGCAAGAGCCGACGUAUUGUAUCUCAUCUCCGGGACGUGGACAUCUCCAGCUCGACGGUUCUUCCUCUGGAUCGGUGGCUGUCGACCCUCCGAGCUUAUUAACGUUCUGAUGCCGGAGCUGGAGCCGAUGCCGGAGGAACAACGUUCGACGAUUAUUAACCUAAGACAUAUAUGUCAGCAAGCCGAGGACGCUUUAUCACAAGGUCUCGACAAGCUCCAACUUAUUCUCGCAGAAGCCAUCGUCGCCACAACCUGCGCAGACGAAAACCAAAACCGUCUCCCGCAGUUAGGCGGCGCUCCGGCGAGGCUCGAUGCGCUAGCAAAGUUCGUCGGGCAGGCAGAUCAUCUCCGGAAAGAGACGCUGCAGCAGAUGGCUCGACUCCUCACUGCCCGACAGGCAGCCCGGGGGCUGCUCGCCUUGGACAAGUAUUUGCGAGAACUUGAGAAUUUGAGCCCGGCGUGGUCGUCGUUGCACGAAACUGCCGGGGAUCUCCGGCAGAGUGGCGACGCGCGCAUCGUCUGAACUACUAGAUCGGAAAAGU